AUGCAGGGCGGUGUUAGGAGGAAGAAAGAUAUGCUCCCACGGUACAAGAACGGGUCGCGGUACGACAAGAGGCGUUCGUGGUUGACCACCCCGAUGAAGAAAGUCGUCAUCUACUGUCUGCUGUUGCUAGGUGUGUUCCUCGUCCUGAGGGUAGGGUAUUCGGAUCUCAACAGAAUGCCCGAUUACGAGUUGGAACACGAUGAAAACUCGAUGCAAGAGAUCGCGGAUGAGAUAAGAAAGAAUAAGCAACGGCAGGGACAGCCGGCAAACCUUAACGGUGGUGGUGCCGUGGUCGCUUCAGCGCAACAACAGCAACAGGAGAAUGACAUUAAGAGGAAAAUUAUUAAGGAAAAUUUUAAUAACGAGGUCGCUAAACAACAGGAGACCAAGAAUUUAGAGAAAAAUGAUAUAAAGCCACAUGUCGACGAGAAAAAAUUGGUGAAACAGCCAAUCGGUGCAAAAAUUACCUCUAGAUUGAUAUGA